AUCAAAUUUUGCAGUCGCCAAAGUGGAUUGUUUGACGGAGAAGGGGAAGGAUCCAAAUGAAAGCCCGACGACGUAGGAGACCAAGUAAUAGUCCGAAUUCCAUUCAAUAUAUCAUUUGCCGCACCAAAUCAACAACAUUUCUUCGAAUUUCUCUGCAUGUUUCCCAAGCUUUUUGAAUUCCAAUUUCUUGAUUCCUUCCCGGGAAAAUCCUUGAACCUCCCGGCAGAUUAUACCAUGGCUUUGAUUCAACAGCUCACCUCUUUCGACUGGCAGCAAGAAUCAGACCCCUCAUCUCGGGAUUUUGUUGCUAUCCCCUUGUUCGCUCUUUUCUUCCUCUCCGUUCGCUAUUGUCUUGAUGGAUAUGUUUUCGAGAAUGUGGCCAGACGAUUAAUGUUCGGAAAGGGGCAUGAGAUACUGGAUUUUCAGACAGAUGAAAGAAGGAAAAAGAUUAAGAAAUUCAAGGAAUCAGCAUGGAAAUUUGUUUAUUUUCUAUCAGCGGAGAUUCUUGCUUUAUCUGUUACUUAUGAUGAGGCUUGGUUUACUAAUACAAAAUAUUUUUGGGUGGGCCCAGGGAAUCAGGUCUGGCCAGAUCAAAAGAUUAAGUUGAAAUUAAAAGCACUCUACAUGUAUGCUGCUGGAUUUUAUACAUAUUCCAUAUUUGCUUUAAUAUUCUGGGAAACACGGCGUUCUGAUUUUGUGGUGUCCAUGAGCCAUCAUUUGGCUUCUCUCAUUCUCAUUGUGUUGUCCUACAUUUUGAGGUUUUAUCGAGUGGGGUCAGUUGUUUUGGCUCUUCAUGAUGCUAGUGAUGUGUUUCUGGAAAUAGGAAAAAUGUCUAAAUACCGUGGCGCUGAAGCGAUUGCUAGCAUUUCAUUUAUUCUCUUUGUUUUAUCUUGGGUCCUAUUGCGCCUCAUUUUCUUCCCAUUUUGGGUAAUCAGGAGUACAAGCUAUGAAGUUCUACUGACAUUGGAUAAGGAAAAGCAUGCGGUGGAUGGUCCAAUAUGUUAUUAUGUGUUCAACAGCCUUUUGAUCUGCUUGCUUGUUAUGCACAUUUAUUGGUGGGUGUUGAUGUACCGCAUGCUUGUUAGACAAAUCCAAGACAGAGGAAAACUUAGUGAAGACGUUCGAUCUGAUUCAGAAGGCGAAGAUGAACAUGAAGAUUAAGCAGACAAACAAUAUCUGCGUGGGUAACACGAACGGAAGACAUAACUAUUUUUGUGAGAAGGUCCUAUGGGGACUAGAGAAAAGGACACCUAAGUGCAUCCAAUUCUUCUGUCAGAUUUGCGUGGUGUAAGCCCUGAAACGUAUUUAUUUAUUUUCUAAAAGAUUCUAGUUGAGACAGGGCUACUGAGAAAGCAUACUCUCCUGUUGCUGCAUUUAAAUUCUAUGUAGGCAAUGUAUGAAAAUGUCAAUUUGUUUGUCUGAUAACCAAUGUUCUGUAUUUCGCAUGUGGGUUAAACACGCGCGCACACAGAGCUAUACUAAGCGACUUGAUAAAUUGUUUAGCUUAAGCCUUGUGGAUGAAACAAAGCUUUGUUGGCCUUGUGGACGAAACAAAUCUUUGUUGGACUCUUCAAAGAGCUUUUUCCAGUUAGGGUGUUAUUUGCCUUGAAGCCAAA